CCACAAGUAGUUUCCGUAGUUACAAACAUCGCCAUGCUUUCGUGUAAUUGAGGUUUUGUUAUGAUGGGAAUUUUUUGGGGAGUUAUCGCUGGGAUUUUUUUUGUAGUGUUCAUUUUUGCUAUUCGGUUAUUGAGUGUUGUGAGGAAUGGAUCUGAAUGCAAACCAGGAAAGAAUGGCUCUAUCAGUUUGCUCGUCGUCGCAGGAUCGGGAGGUCACACGACAGAAGUCCUGCGCUUGGUGGAGAGUCUCUCUCUUGCAUAUAGCCCCCGGCAUUACGUCAUCGCUGACACAGAUAAAAUGAGUGAAGACAAGAUCCGAACGCUGGAAACUUCGAAAAAUGGGAUGGAUGUACAACCAAAGGUAGAUGGCGGUAAUGCAAAUUUUACCAUUCAUCACAUCCCUCGCAGUCGUGAAGUGCGUCAGUCCUGGAGCUCUUCUGUUCUCACCACACUGAAUGCUCUCCUGUACUCAGUUCCACUGGUCUUCAAGCUCAGGCCCGAUAUGGUGCUGUGCAACGGUCCAGGGACAUGUGUCCCCCUCUGUGUGGCGGGACUGCUCCUGGGGGCUCUGGGAGUGAAGAAGGUGCUCAUCGUCUACGUGGAGAGCAUUUGCCGAGUGGAGACCCUCUCCCUCUCUGGAAAGAUCCUCUACCAUCUCUCAGAUUACUUCUUUGUGCAGUGGUCAACCCUAAAAGACAAAUAUCCCAGAUCAGUUUACAUUGGAAGAAUAGUCUGAACUACCAGGGGGAAAAAAACCACAGUGGCUUUUACCGAUUCACUGCUGAAGCCCUAUAUAUCUGCUUCCUGGGGGUUGCCUGCUUAGCUGUGUAAUGAUGAUGUUAUUACAGCACACAGUACUCCUGUGUAAGGAGGCAUUUUAACCUUGGUUAAAUCUUCAGUUGAAUACUGUACAGUCUGUUACAUGUGUCACUAAUGUUACAUAUUCCAGACAUUAUUGUACACAGAAGGAAGAAAAUGGAUUAAAAAGUAAGUCAUGCUAACUGAUUGAAUGUAUAUGGUUAUGAGGUCAUCUAGGUUUUCUGAUUAUAUGAGUGCACAAAAAUGUCCAAAUGACUGCGCUCCUUGUAUAAGCAGACCAGUGGAGAAAGUGGUCCUGUAUUGCACUAUUGCAGGUGUGACUGUUUUGAAAGCUUGUUCUGAAAGAAUGCCGUAAUGUUGCAGACAAGACUCCACAUGAAUAUUGUAAGCAGUGGUGGUAAACUGUGUCAUUUCACAGAGAAUUUGCUGUCUGUUUCAGACAUUCAGAAAUCUGUAAAUUUCUUCUACAGUUUGAUUUUUUAUAAAGGAUCCCUGUAAAAGGAAAGGGGGAUUUCCCUUUUUAUUGUAGCACUGUAGUUUUGACAGAUUUUACUUGGGGGCUCUUUCAAACAUCUCUUUCACACAUCAGAAACCGUAUAUACAAAUUAAGGCAUAUUUGUGGGGUGGCAUCAGAUGUUGCUGUUGGUGAUUGAAAUUAUCUUAUAAAUUUGGAUUGCAUUCAAGCUUUUUUGCUAUGGAAGGCAAGAUACAUUAUGUAUUUAAAAAACAAAGGCUGUUAUUGUGCAGAUUACAGCAUUUUUUGAAAGUU